UUUCUACAUCCUCUUUAGUCCAUAUAUGGUCACUUCCUCUUACUAAAACACAAACAAAAACUAGACCGUGUGGUGAAGUCACUCUGGGACACUAACAAGGAGGCGCAGGCUUCUUUCAGGAGUAGUACCGCUUCGUUUUCACCGCCGCCACCUGCAUGUUGGAACGAGUGCUCCUGUGCAGCCCGUCUGAGGUAAACAUCACAGUCUGCAGGAGGAAGUAGACGCAGAGCACUGCUCAAAGAGGAAGUGAUCUACUUCCUGUAUGCCAAUCCAGCGCAGACGGUUUAUAGUCAGAGAGGACUCAGCCUAUCGUAGGAGACGAGCUGACAGGGACUCGCCGCUGACUGCCAUGAAUGACACGUACGCUGUGGUCAAUAAGCCCCCAAAGCCCCUCCCACCUGCAGCUGACCCCGCCUACUCCCUCGUAGCCCCGCCCAAAUUCAGCAGAACUCUACCUUUGUCCCAUCACUAUGACAACGACCCUGCCGGAGCAUCAGUUGCUCCUGUGUACAGCGUUGUCAGACCUCGAGCUAAACCGCCCUUGGCCACACCUCUCUAUGACGAGGAGUAUCCCCUGAGUCCAGGAUCAUCACAAAUCGACCACGAUUAUGAGGACCUAUCCCCUACGGAGGCCGACGUCAUCGGAUUACCUGGUGGCAUCGGGUUUAACUGUCGUAUUCAGAAGCCAAAAGGACCCAGAGACCCUCCAGCUGAGUGGAGCCGACUGGAGAGAUGAACUGGUUAUUACUAGAAGAUGACCUGGUUAUUAUUUUCAGAUGUACCUAUCUGACAGGUAAUAUACAGGGUAUAUUAAAUAUCUAAAAUCAAUAGUUUCACCAUUUGACGUAAUUAAAGUAAGUAAAGAGUAUUUCAUUUUUUUAUUCCAAUUGUUAAAAUAAAAAGUUUUAUAUUUUUAUAAAAAGAAGAAGAAGGAAUCCAAUGGGAAGCAAUGACAAACAUAAUUACAUGAGCAAUUAGUCCAGACUGUGACGAGGUAAUCACAGGAAAACCACCCAACACUGAUGACAUCAUUGUGACAUCAUCAGCGUAUUUGAUUACACACACAGGAAGAAGGUGGUUUCAAUUAAACCUUUGGCAUGAAGAUUGCACUGUGUGUAAGUGUGAAUGUGUGUGUGCCUGUAUGUGUGUGUGUGGGAGUGUGAGAUCAUCAUUACACAAAAGAUAGUAGGCCUGAUUAACACACAACCUGCUAUGUUUUCAUUGUGUGUUAACUUAAAUGCAACUCCAGGACCUCCCUGUACUCCCAUGAUGCUUUGCUGUGGCAGAGGCUCGGUACACACACACAUACACACAGGCGUACAUAGACACUCAAACAUACAGACACACACACUUAGAAAUAUAUGUGUCAGUCUGUGUGUGAGUGGGGUUUUUUUGUUCUCCAUUUUUAGCGAGGUGUUUUCUUGCUGCCUCUGACAUGGAUGUUUUCUUCUUCUUUCUCUGUUUUAACAAAGUCACCCUCAUUGUAUUUGGCUCGGUGUGUGUUCACGUUGAGAGCCUCUGUGUUGCAUUUCUUGUUUGUACUUGACAAUCAGUAAUAUUCACACUUUUUUCAUUGUUUGAAUGCAUUAUAAAGCGUCAAUAUUGCAACAUUUCAAAUGUAAUCAUAUCCUGUUUUUAAUUGUAUUUUGUAACAUCUGCCACUUACGGGUUACAGAUGACAAAUGUGACACAUGUGCAGUAAUGUUUUUUGUGCUCUGUCCCUGAAAUAAAUCUCCCAUCUAUUUUA